AUGGAGGAGAACAGCCUUCUACCAGAAAGGCAGCAUGAAGGCUCUGCCAUUGUGAAUUGGAUGCUGGUAGCAGCAAUUAGCAUCCUAAUGCUUGAGGCUCCUAGUGGGAAAUGUCAGGCCUACAUUGCCAGUAGAGUUGCUGCCAGAGCCUUCGACACUCAAAGUGAACUGGAGCUAGGAUUUAGGUCUCCUGACUCUCAUCCCAGGGUUGGUCCCUUUAAAAGUGGCUAUAAGAAUUGCACUGUGGAGACUUUCCAGACUGAGAUUAAUAAUCUUUACAUUUUUUUAGAUAACCAGAUGUGGAUGAGAGAGUUUAUUCUCAGCCUGUCCAGUGACUGGGACACUCAGGUCCCUCUCUUUGUUUUAUUCUCCAUCACAUACCUGGUGACAGUGCUGGGAAACUUCCUCAUUGUUCUUCUGAUCAGACUGGACAGCCGGCUCCACACUCCCAUGUAUUUCUUUCUCACCAACCUCUCCGUCGUUGAUGUCUCUUAUGCCACAAGCAUCGUCCCUCAGAUGCUGGUGCACCUUCUUGCAGAACAUAAAGUAAUCCCAUACGUGAGCUGUGCAUCCCAGUUAUUUUUCUCCUUGGCUUUAGGUGGGAUUGAGUUUAUUCUACUGGUAGUGAUGGCUUAUGACCGCUAUGUGGCUGUGUGUGAGCCCCUGCGAUACUCGGUCAUCAUGCAUGGAGGGCUCUGUGCUAGGUUGGCCAUCACAUCCUGGGUCAGUGGCUCUAUCUGCUCUCUCACGCAGAUUACCAUCACUUUUCAGCUGCCCAUGUGCACAAACAAAUUUAUUGAUCACAUAUCAUGUGAAAUCCUAGCUGUGGUCAGACUAGCCUGUGUGGACACCUCUUCCAAUGAGAUUGCAAUUACGGUUUCUAGCAUUGUCUUGCUGAUGACACUUUUCUGUUUGGUUCUCUUGUCGUAUAUCAAGAUCAUCAGCACCAUUGUAAAGACUGAGUCCACAGAAGGAAGAAAGAAAGCCUUCCAUACCUGUGCCUCUCACCUCACAGUGGUUGUCCUGUGCUAUGGCAUGGCCAUUUUCACUUACAUCCAGCCCACCCGCUCCUCUGUCCUUCAGGAGAAGCUGAUCUCUCUCUCUUAUGCCAUUUUGACACCCAUGCUGAACCCUAUGAUUUACAGUCUAAGGAAUAAGGAGGUGAAGGGGGCCUGGCAGAAACUGUUAGGGAAAUUAUCUGGAUUAACGUCAAAACUGGCAACUUGA